AUGGGCCUGAAUGCAGACAUUCGAAACUCAGCAGCAUGGAUGCAGGAGGCGGAGAGCGCCAAGAGCAUGCAGCUGGAUAACGCGGUAGUGGCCGGGAGAACCCUGGAACCUCCCCCACCCCAAGGCAAAGGCCACCCCACAGUUGCCAUCGGUCAGAGAGCAACGGAAGAAACGGGCUGUGACUCAGAUGUGGGAAGCGUGGCCAUUUCGCAGCUAGCUGUCCCUUGGGGGAGGGCAGAGGAGCGACGGGGAAAGAAGGUGACAAGCGCCGGAGCGACUUUCUUCCCAGAAAAGGAACGGCGAAAGCUAGAAGCCCCUAGCACCUUGCGGGGCCCUGCAAGCCAAGUGCACUGUGAACCUGACCCCCCUGAGGUUGUGUUCCUACCCACUGAACUAAAGGUGCUAAAUGACGCAGAUCAUUUCCAUCUUCAGCGUACAGAUCGUUACCUUCCAGGAAACGCCUCCCUAAGCUCUCGCUCGGAGACAUUCCUUUUCCUCCACCGUCGCCUCGCAGCAAAACCCACCAUCCAAGCUACCUAUCUGCCUUUCACUGCCCAACAGGCAGUACCAGCUGACAGCUCCCAAAUCCAAGAUGUCUCUGUUGCCUGGGAUGUCCGCGCUGUGUCAAUUGAAGGCACAGUGUCUCCUUACGAGCCAUACGCCAGGGUCCUCUUCCACCUCCAGGGACAGGAUUGGAUGUCAGAACAGCAGGCCCUGCCAUGUGUCACCCUGCAUGUCUUCCACCAGGCCCAGGCUGUCCGCAGAGCCUGCCACCUCCAGGCACCCUUGGGUGUGUGUGUAGUAGAACUAGAGCUUCCCCCUCACUGGUUCUCCCCGACACCCCCCAUGAGCCAGCAUGGAUCGGAGGAUUCCCCAAUCACUCCUCAGCGAGCGGAGCUGUACUAUGCUCUGGAGCCUGUACUGCCUGGGAAUGCACCGGCAGAGUGUGCCCAUGCAAGGCCCCGGGAAGAACUACGACUGGCUCCUGAGGGCACCAAGGAGCAGCUGAACUACGUUGGUCCUGUGGACAUCAGAGUGAUGAGCCCACCACGACGCCAGGAAGUUCGGCUGGAUGACAACGUGAUGGUCCGAGUUCCUGACAUGGCACUGCGCCCAGGGCAGCUCUUCACUGCCACCCUCAUCCUGCAGCAGAACUUCACUGCUGAUUUGCUGAUGCUUCGAAUCAAAGUGAAGAAGGGACUACAGGUUCUGGCUGCUCGUCCCACCAAGCCUGAGGCUUGGACUGCAAAGCUAGACAAGUUCAAGGGGGCCAAACACUAUACUGCUCUGGUUACUUGUCGUCGUUCUGUUGGCAGCUGGUUGGACUGGAGGGCAGCAGAUUUCCCAGAGUUCCUGUACGUGGAUUUUGUAGUGGAGAAUGGCACAGGGGGGCCAGCUGCUACACGUCCUGUGACCUGGCAAGUGGAAUAUCCUGGCCAGGAUCCUGAGGCUGAGAAGGAUAAGAUGGUGUGGGAGAUCCAAGUGUCAGAACGAGAUGUGCGGGCCUUGGUUCCAUUGGUAAAGGAGCAGGAGAUUGUGAACACUGCACUCCUGACAGGAAUUCCUCAUUCAGUGCCCGUGAAACUGGUUGUGGUAGAAACUGGUGGAGCUGUGUCUGAGGUUACUGAGCAGAUGGGCUGUGAGUCUUCUAACAAACAGGUCCUGCAGGUAUCAGAUGUGUGUGAUGCUGUCUACGUAGGGGGUAAAGAGAGCCGAGGAGCACGUGGUGUACGGGUAGAUUUCUGGUACCGCCGACUCCAUGCUUCACUGCUGUUUACCGUUUGGGCCCCACUGCUGCCUCUGCGCAUCGAGCUGACCGACACCUCACUUGAGCAGGUGCGAGGCUGGAGGGUGCCUGGCACUGCCUCAGAAGGGAACCCGGCCGAGCCUGAACAGGGUGGAGAGGAGUUGGAAAGGAGAGCUCGUGGCUGCCGGCUCCAGUACCAGCGUGCUGGGGUCCGCUUCCUAGCCCACUUUGUGGCUCAUCCAUUAGAUGGUGGCCGUCACCUGACCUAUAUGCCAAGUUCUAAUUGGCUGCUGGAUGUCUCACAUCUAGUGCAAAAGCAUGCUAGGAUCCAGGAUCCUCGGGUGGCAACACUGGAAGACGGGAGUGUAGUGAUUGGUCGUGAGGCAGGAAUGACAUCAGUGGAGGUGCGCUCUCCUGUGUCUGAUUCAAUCCUGGGGGAGCAGACUCUGGUGGUGUCUGAUGAGAAGGUUUCCAUCUCUGAGCUACAAACCCAGCUGGUAUCAGGCCUCUCGUUGUCACUCUCUGUGGAGCCAGGACACUCAAAUGUCUUCACUGCCAUGUGUCAGGGACUCUCUGCCCUGCAUUCCGUGAAGCAGGAAGCCGUGGUGAGCAUCUGGCUCGUAUUCACCGACCACACCUUGGCUCCUCUAGAAUUCUAUGGCUGGCGGGAUCUGGUGCUCUCGCUCUCCUCUCUGAAUCCCAGUGUGGUAUCUGUGCGGCUCAGUGAGGAGCAGGAUCGCCCCGUGAUUGUUGCUGAGGGAGCAGGGAAAGGACCCCUCCUGCAACUCAGCUUGCAUUCCCCAGACUCCUGCCGCAAGGGCAAACAUAGGGCUCCACUUGCUCAAAGCACAAUAUGGCUGGAAGUGAACUUUGGUAAGCACCUGCCAACAACCAGUAGCCCUCUGCGACAGGAUCCCCAUCCCCGUGGCAAGUCCCCCUUCCAGCGAGCAGAAGGUGCCAUGUCAGGUGAAGCGAUGACAGUUGCAGCUGCCACAGUGAGCGGAAAGGGAUCAAGGAGACAUCCAGUGGGGGUGGGACCACCAAUGACCAAAUUUGAGGGGCCGGGUAGUAGCUCCUAUGAGGAUGCUGAACCAGAGGAGGAGGAGGAGGAGGAGGAUGAGAUGGUGAAGGCUCCCGAGAGGGUGACAGACCUGGAGAUUGGCAUGUACGUUCUCCUGGGUGUGUUCUGCCUUGCCAUCUUCAUCUUCCUCAUCAACUGUGUGGUCUUUGUCCUUCGCUACCAGCGCAAGGAGCCCCCUGAUGCUGGGCCCGGGGGCGCUUCCUCUGCCCAGCAGCCCCACAACUGGGUCUGGCUGGGCACUGACCAGGAGGAACUCAGCCGGCAGCUGGAUCUGUGCAGCCAGCAUUGCCAAGACCAGCCCCUUGACCCAUCCGGCACCAGUGACGGGUGCUGCUGUUGUGUGGGGGCAGAGGGCAAGAUGGAGGCUGUGGCCCAAGAGAGCCCAGCUCCACCAGGGCCAGAACCUGACGUUUCUGCCAGUACUUUGGGUCUGACUGCCCCAGGAAGCCCAGCUCUCACCACUACUUUGUCCAGGAAAAAGGACGGGAGGGAGGUCGGUGGUCGUCGGAAGCGCGUGGAGUUUGUGACCUUUGCUACUCCCCCUGGCUCUGCUCCCAGCCCCCCAGCCUCCGCCCCCGCAGUUCAGUCCAUCCUGGUGGCCAGUGAAGAUGACAUCCGCUGGGUGUGCGAGGACAUGGGGCUGCGUGACCCUGACGAGCUGCGCAGCUACAUGGAGAGGAUCCGGGGCAGCUCCUGACGUCCAUCUCUACUGUGCCCCACCAAUACCCCACAUGGGCAAACCAAUAAGGGAUCAGCCUUUGCUCUCCCUUGAGUGCUCUCUUAGGGUCAUCCAGCUGGGCACAUCACCCUGAUCGUCUAAAGAGGGCUUUACACAACAGGUAAAAGCACCCUUGGGUCACUGUGCCAGGGAUACCCUGGAGAUCUCUAUGUUAGAGACCUUCCUCGGCUGUUCCUUUUCAUUCUGGAGAGGGAUUUGUGGGUCGGGGUCAGUUCCUCCUGGGCAUAAAGCCUACAGGUCCUCAUUACUUCUUCCUUGCCACCCCACCAGUUUUCAUUACGGUUAGGGGUGAAGAGUUUACAGACUGGGAAUCAGCUGAACACCAGCAGCAAGCCGACUGUGAUGUACUCCGGAGGAGACUCCAGGGGGAGCCUGAUCCUGGGCCUCCCUUAUUGCUUUGACUCUCAUUGCCAAUUUGUGUCCAUUGUGAUGGUUUCAACAGCGAGUGUCCUUCCUUCCUUCCUUCCUGUGGUCUGAGCCUGGGGCUCGCUCUCCCCCCCCACACCUCAAAGCCAGGCAAGGGCAGAGUUCUAGAGAGCAACGGGCGGCCCUUUUUUUAACCCCAGCUGUGUGCCUGGUGUCCUUAACCGUUUUGUACAAUCGCUCAUAUUUUAUACCUGUAGUAUUGGGAGCCUGUCGGGCAAGUCCUUUAUUUAUGGAAGAUUUUUAAUUCUUACAUUGUUUAAAAAUUAAAAUAAAUAAUAAUUAAA